AUGCGAUCUAAAGUAAGACCUGAUCUCCGAGCCUCGGGGUGCAGCGGCGACUGCAAUCUCCUCGAAACCUUGAACUCUCACCCCAUAUCAGCUGGAAGAAGCCAUAAUGAAUGGGCAGUAUCGCGGAGAGGUCCUAACCGGUUCCAAGUUGAGACAAGUCCAAUGGCCAAUGCUAGUCCGAGCAAUAAAUGAGCGGUCCUUAGUUUCGAUUGACUCCCAUCCUCAUGAGGUGCCACUCGACCCCCUUGUCUGUACCUUUCGCCAAAUGAUAUCAGGGAGAUAGCCACCGGUGUUAUAUUUGUCACAUACAUAUGCGAUCGAAACAGCACCGCAUCGUGA